UACUCAGUCCUGAUUCGUGAUGUCGAUUGAAAUCGUUCGUUCAUCACAGGGACGGUGGGAGAUCAAGUAUUCCGGGCAAGACAGUAAAAAAGAAAGAAGUAUUCCGGGCAAGAGAUCAAAGAAACCCCUAAUUUUCCACUACAAGUCUACAACGCAGCUUGCUGAUUCCAUUGGUCGCCAUCUCAAGAAUAUCCAUCCGAUCGUGCUCUCCCACACGGCCCAACCCGGCGGCAGCAUCGCCUCUCUGAUGCUAAGACCACCGCCGGCGCCACUGCCGACUUCCCGCGCCUCCCUGCUCCCGCCCCCCAAAGCCGCAAACCCCAAAACCGACCCCACUCCGGCCACCUCUACCAACGCCAGAGUCACGCCCAUGGGCGUGGCGGCGUCGUGGCCGCGCGCGCUGGGGCAGCGCUUCAACCCGGGCGGCGUGGCCGCGGUGGUGACCGUCGCGGCGUCCGAGCCGCGUCUUGCGCUGCCGCACGUGUCGGUGCAGGACAUCCGGUGGGUGGACUGGGGGGAGCUCCGCCGCGUCGGGUUCCGCGGCGUGGUGUUCGACAAGGACAACACCCUCACCGCGCCCUACGCGCCCGCGCUCUGGCCGUCUCUCGUUGCCUCGUUCGACCAGUGCCGCGCGGCCUUCCCUCCCGGCGCCAUCGCCGUCUACAGCAACUCCGCAGGAUUGAAGCAGUAUGACCCUAAUGGUGUGGAAGCCAGUGCCAUUGAGGCGGUCAUCGAGGGAGUUCAUGUGAUCAGGCAUGAUGCAAAGAAGCCUGCUGGAGCAGCUAAGGAAAUAGAGAGUUAUUUUGGUUGUUCAGCUUCAGAUCUCGUGCUGGUUGGUGAUCGAUACUUUACUGAUGUUAUCUAUGGAAACAGGAAUGGUUUUCUUACCAUAUUAACAGAGCCAUUGAGUUUUGCCGGUGAAUCUUACAUUGUCAGAAAGGUUAGAAAACUGGAAGCAUACAUUAUCAGUUACUGGUACAAGAAAGGACACAGACCAGUUAAGCACCCUUUGCUCCCUGAUGUGAGAAGAAUUGUGAAGUUUGAUCCGUAUGAAGACUCUGUCACUUCUUGACCAUAUAACGGUGAUAUAUGUUGUUAAUCCACACACUCAUCGGCUUGGCAACUGUCAUAGGCUCCUUCUUGCCUGGCAUAAGGCUCACAAAUGGCCUGGUCGUCAUGACUGGAAGCAGUUGUGCCACCGCAGCUUCAGCUCACUUGGCCAACAUGCUUCACAGUAACCGCGAAGGAUCCGUCUAAACCAAUUGGCAAACUGCGGCGUUAGCUUGCUGCGGCAGGAUAAUGUUGAGGAUGCGGCGUAAUCUUCGGCACACUCAUCUUCCGGCUCCGCUGAUCCCGAUCUUCAGGUACCAGGUUACGCUUGUUUUUUUGCAUGGAUGCUCACCUAGAGGAACGUUAGUCAUUUUCUGUAGCUGGUCAUGACUGAUUUGAUCAUCAAUGUCUUAAAACUGAAACCGUGCAUUCCCACCCAAAA